AUGAUCCACCAACCCGCUAGUUCUUAUUAUGAGGCACAAGCAGGAGAAUUUAUCCUGGAAGCGGAAGAGCUACUGAAAAUACGUGAAACUAUCACAAGAGUUUAUGUACAAAGAACGGGCAAACCCUUUUGGGUUAUAACAGAAGACAUGGAAAGGGAUGUUUUUAUGUCAGCAGCAGAAGCCCAAACUCAUGGAAUUAUAGAUCUUGUAGCAAAACACAAGACAGCCAAUUCGAAACGUCACAAAAUCCCCAGCUCUUCGGGGAUGCCCUCAACGCCGAGGAACGUGUACCAGGGUGCCCUUGAAUUUGAAUAA